AUGAUGACCAUGAACGGCAAACAGCAUUUCUCCAUGCAGUAUCCCGGCCUGCACUCAGGCUCGGAGGGCAUGCGCAGAGUCUGUCUGCCCGCCCCGCAGCUGCAGGGCAAUAUAUUCGGAGGCUUUGAUGAGAGCCUGCUGGCACGGGCAGAGGCUCUGGCGGCGGCUGACAGCAUUGUCUCUCACGGCAAGAGUCACCCGUUCAAACCAGACGUGACUUACCAUACCAUGAGCAGUGUCCCCUGCACCUCAGCAUCCUCUGCCUCCUCCACCAGCGUGCCCAUCUCCCACGUCCCCUCCAGCAUUGCCUCCCACCACCAUCACCACCACCACCACCUCGGACAGACCCUGGAGGCCGGGGUGGACCUCCUGGACCACCUCUCCACCAGCCUGGCCGUGACCGGGAUGGGCGCUUCGGAGCCUCCAGGGAUGACCGGGUCGGCGCACCACCACCAGCACCAGCACCAGCACCAGCACCCCCACCACCACCUGCAGACCAUGGGGCAGCUGCACCAGGCGAUGGCCAACAUGGCCCACCCUCACUCUCUGUCGGUGCACGGCGGCAUGGCGUGCGUCAACGACGUGGAGUCGGAUCCCAGGGAGCUGGAAGCCUUCGCCGAGAGGUUCAAGCAGAGGAGGAUCAAACUCGGGGUGACCCAGGCGGACGUCGGGUCGGCACUGGCCAACCUGAAGAUCCCCGGAGUGGGGUCUUUGAGCCAGAGCACCAUCUGCAGGUUCGAGUCCCUCACCUUGUCCCACAACAACAUGAUCGCACUCAAGCCGGUUCUCCAGGCCUGGUUGGAGGAGGCGGAGGCUGCGUACCGGGAGAAGAGCACCAAACCGGACCUUUUCAACGGCAACGAGAGGAAAAGGAAGCGCACCUCCAUCGCGGCCCCGGAGAAGCGCUCUCUGGAGGCGUACUUUGCCAUCCAGCCUCGGCCCUCCUCCGAGAAAAUUGCAGCCAUCGCUGAGAAACUGGACCUGAAGAAGAACGUGGUCCGAGUGUGGUUUUGCAACCAGAGGCAGAAACAGAAACGAAUGAAAUACUCGGCGGUGCACUGA